GCGCGGAACGUCCGGACUUCCGGUUCCGGCGCGCCUUACGGCCCCUUUACGGUGACGGACCCGCGGCCACCCGGAGCGCUGUCGCGGAAGGACCGCAGAGGUUGUCUGAAGGCCGCGGCCAAGAUGGCGGCGCUGGCGGCUACCGGCCUGCUCCGCCCGCUCCUUGCGCUGCGCCCCGGCCUGGGCGCCGCUGUGCAGACACGAGAUGUUCAUCAGAGCGCAGCUGCCGACAGCCCGAGCAGCACCUCGCCUGCUGGAGCCGUGGUCCCCAAACGCGCUGCGCUCCCCAGCAGCCGGGGCGAGUAUGUGGUGGCCAAGCUGGAUGACCUCAUCAACUGGGCGCGCAGGAGCUCGCUGUGGCCCAUGACCUUCGGCCUGGCCUGCUGCGCCGUGGAGAUGAUGCACAUGGCCGCGCCGCGCUACGACAUGGACCGCUUCGGCGUGGUCUUCCGCGCCAGCCCGCGCCAGUCGGACGUGAUGAUUGUGGCCGGGACGCUGACCAACAAGAUGGCCCCGGCGCUGCGCAAGGUCUACGACCAGAUGCCAGAGCCGCGCUACGUGGUGUCCAUGGGCAGCUGCGCCAACGGCGGCGGCUACUACCACUAUUCCUAUUCGGUGGUGCGGGGCUGCGACCGCAUCGUGCCCGUGGACAUCUACGUGCCAGGCUGCCCGCCCACCGCCGAGGCCCUGCUCUACGGGAUCCUGCAGCUGCAGAGGAAGAUCAAGCGGGAGAAGAGGCUGAAGAUCUGGUACCGCAGGUAGCGCCCCGAGCCUCCUGCCGCUGGCACCAAUAAACCUGAGAACCC